AAGAAAAAGAAAACACAGCAGAAAGAUGAGUGCUGCUCAGAGUCAAACCACACUGGAGUCCCUGCAGUGCCACUUCACCUGGGACCUGGACCGCAGCAGGCCAGAACUGUUACGCCUCACGCACAAGAUGGAGGACUUCAGCACAGAGGAGGGAAACAAAUGGCUGGGCCACAUUUACAACCUGUGGGGGUUCAUUCAGUAUAAGCUGGGGUUAAAUGAAGAGGCUAAGAGUUUGUUCCAGAAGGCUGCAGAAACCCUCAACAAGCUAAGAGAUGCAGAUGAGGGUCCUUGGUUAGUUGUGAACUACGGGAACCUGGCCUGGCUGCACCACCACCUGGGAGAUCUAGUAGAGAGUCAGGCUUACCUGUCAAAGAUUGAUGCCCUGAUGGAAAAAUACCCAUCUCCAUCCCAGGACGAGCUCCAUCCAGAGAUCUACGCUGAAAAGGCCUGGACCCUGAUAUACUUUGGAAAGGAUAGGAAGCUGGUUGUUGAUUACUACGAGAAAGCUGCCAGGAUGCAGCCGGACAUGGUGGAGUGGAACACCGGCUAUGUCUUAGCGUUAGUUGAUGAUCAUGAGCAUAACCACAACACAAACCUAGACCCUGACCUCUUGGAGAAAAUGAGACAAGCCAAGGAACAGGAUCCAGAGAACUUGUACCUCGCUGUGCUCUACCUUGAGCAACUUGCUAAUAAAAGAGGACCCAUUAAAGAUGAAGUCUGUGAGUUGGUUGGAAAUGUGAGCACUCUGUGGUGCAGUGACAGUGGCAUGUGGGCCUUACUAAACCUUUACAUAAAAUACAUAUCAGUUGAUGAUGCCAUUGAUUUGGCAGAGAAAGUUCUGAAAGAACAUCCAGAUGUGCGUUAUCUGAAGAAAUGUGUUGCGCUCUGCUACAGAUGGAAGAUUAUUUAUAAAAGCAGAAAUUGCCCUGAUGACACGGUGGACAGAGCAAUCGCUCUCCACGAGGAGUUGCUCUCUCUUUACCCUCAUGCUGCAUUCAAAAAGGAAACAGAUCUCGCAUCUAUCUAUGCAAAGUCAAGUCACAGCAAGGCCAAAGCUGAGCAGAUAUUUCAGAAGCUGCUCGACAAUGAACCUGCAGAACCUGCCGACAAACAGAUGCUUUACAACAUAUAUGCAAAUCAUUUAUAUUUUAAUCGAGAAGACCACCACAGGUCGGUACAGUAUCACAUGAAGGCAGCAGCAAUACCAGAAAAAUCCUACUUCCAUAACAACAGCAUGAGAAUCCUGAAGAAGAAAAAUUUAGGCAAAUUUAGGGGGAACAAUUAUGUCCAAGCAAAAUAAAACAACAACUAAUUUUUACAAAGGCGUAUUGCUUCCACGUGGUAAUAAAGACCAACAGAAUCCUGGAGAAGAAUGAAAAACAGAAGGGGGGACAAUUCUGCCAGGGUGUCCAAAAAAUAAGGAUAAAAACUGACUAAAAACAAAUUUCCUGCCCUUCAAAACUAUUGAAGUAAAUUAAAGGAAGGUUUAUUUUUAUUAUUUCUUAAUUAUUUUUAUUUUAUUUUAUUUUAUUCGUUUAUUUAGAGAUAGGACAGUGGAUAGAGUUAGAAACAGGGGAGAGAGAGAGAGUUGGGAACGACUUCCUAAUUCAGGACGGAGUUCCCUUCAUGACAUCACAAAGGGCAGUAACCCCUCCCCCAGGUGGGUGACACUCCCACAGCUAGGUGUUUGUUCU